AAGCAGCUUGCUUUUCUCUCUUCUUCCCAACUUAUUGCAGAGAGAGAGAGAGAGAGCUCCUCUGCUGCCCUUUAGUGAAGGUUCUCUUUGAUUUUUUUUUUCCUUUUUUAUUAUCUUCAUCACCAUUUCUCUUACUACUUUUAUAUAUUCAACCAAAAAAAAAAAAAACUAACACCACAUUGGAAAAAAAAUUUACUUCCAAUCAAAGAGGCUUCGUGGAGAGAACCAUCGUUUAUAGACAGAGAGACACUAAAAUUCCACUCUAGUCUCUUAACGUAACCACUUUUGAUGCCUUAAUCCUGCACUUCGAUCUUCUCUCUUUAGAACACGUUAAUAAAAAAUGUGUCUUUUGAUUUUGUCUCUCUGAUUUUUUGCUGUCCUUUUUUCUUCUUGGUAUUGUGAGAGCACAUUUCUGGGUUUAUUUAGUGAGAUGAUUCGUGGGUUUACUUGAUUUUGUUGAUGGGUCGGUGAUGAUUUUGGGUUGUUUUGGUGUAAUCAUUCGUGGGCCCGCUGUGAAUUUGUUUGCUUGGAGGAGUUUUGAGGUGAAAAGUUGCUGAUUUGGGGUUUUGUGGAGGAUUUGAGGCUAAAGGUUGGGGCUUUUUUUCUUUGGGAUAAAAUCUCUGGUUGGUGUGGUUUCAUGGUGGGUUGAUAAAAAUUGGUGCUGUGUUGAUUCAAUCUUUCCAGGUUUAUGGUAUAUUUGCUUGUUUUGCAGAUUUCAGUGGGCUGGUAAUAAGUUAGGAAUAAAGCUCUAACAAUCUGGAAAUCCCACUUUGGGUUCUAAGGGAUUGAAUUGAAUCAUUUUCGUACGGUCAAAUGGUUUUGGGGAUUUUUGUAUUUAAAUUAUCUCUUAGUAUUGGCGUUUCUUGUUGGAUUUUAUUUUGAGGUGUAUAAUUCUGCUCUAAAGAUAAGAUGAGUUCAAGCAUCACAGAAGGUUUGGUAAAUCAGACCAGGCUUGUAGUUCAUAUAGCAGAAAAUGGCCAUUCACUUGAACUUUAUUGUGAUGAAACAACGCUUGUGGAGAGGGUAAUGCGUUAUAUCGAUUCAGUUGCUGGGAUUAACUUCAAUGACCAGCUUGUUCUGUGUUUGGAAAAGAAACUUGAACCUCAGCAGCCGCUUUCUGCCUACAAGCUUCCAUCUAGCGAUGGGGAAGUGUUUAUAUUUAACAGAGCAAGGAUGCAAACCAAUACCCUUCCCCCUCCACUCGAACAAAUUGAUCUACUUGAAAUUGCAGACCCUCCACCACCACCUUCUUCGCAUGACCCCCAUCCUUUAGAUGAUGCUCCAGACCCAGCUUUGAGGGUUUUGCCUUCUUAUGAGAAACAAUUUAGAUACCAUUACCAGAGGGGCUAUGCAAUUUAUAGUAGAACCCAAGUAAAGCAUGAACAUUGCCUGAAGUUAUUGACGGAGCAAAAGGUUCAGGAGAGGGCAAUGGAGGUUGCUAGGAUUAACGUGCAUCAAUUCUACAGGGCAAUUUUUCAGAACUACUCAGAGUUCAUGAAGCGUUAUACACAACAACACAGGAUACAUUUAGAUCUCUUAACAAAUUUUGAGAGAGAUUUAGAGAAACUGAGGUCGAUCAAGCUUCAUCCAGACUUGCAAUCUGAUUCACGUAAAUGUUUAGUCGAUUUUGUGAAGGAAGAUAACUUGAGGAAGGCCGUGGAUAAUUGUAGCCAUUCACAUAGGCAGUUUGUGAAGAAGGUUUUAGAGUUUAAGCAAAAUUUUGGUGAUGCAAAGCGCAAAGUGGAAGAAUUAUUUUCUUGUGAAGCUUCGUCAUCUAUUAGGAAUUUAGAUCUUGCCAUCAAGGAGCGUCAGCCAUCCAUCAAUGAACAGAAGAGCAUAAUGCAGUCUUUGAGAGACGAUGCAAGCACGGUGAAGAAACUUGUGCAUGAUUGUCUGUCAUGCCAGUUGUCCUCCUCAACUCGUCUCCAUACUGAAGUUUCAGCCCUGAGUCUUAUGUAUGAUGUCCAUGAAAAGAGUCAUUUGCCCAACAUGCUGGCUGUUGAUGAUUUAAUUUCCAAGCUGCUUGGUUUUUGCAAGGAUAAGAAGAACGAGAUGAACAUCUUUGUGCAUGAUUUCCUACAAAAGAUCACCUAUGUUACUUUCCUCAUGAAAGAUGUGAAGUUAAGGUUUCCUGUUUUUAGAGAGGCAAUGUUGCGUCAGGAUGAUAUUUUUAGGGACCUAAAACUAUUCCAUGGGAUUGGUUCUGCAUACAGAGGCUGCCUUGCUGAAGUAGUGAGAAGAAAGGCUUCUAUGAAACUUUACAUGGGCAAGGCUGGACAACUGGCUGAGCAGCUUGCUACAAGGAGGGAGGUUGAGGUUAGGAGACGGGAGGAGUUUCUGAAAGCAUACAGUUCAUAUAUACCAAGAGAUAUAUUAGCAUCAAUGGGGUUAUAUGAUACUCCUAGUCAGUGUGAUGUCAAUAUAUCUCCAUUUGACACUAAUUUGCUUGACAUUGACAUCUCAGACUUGGACCGUUAUGCUCCUGAUUAUUUGGUUGGACUUCCUUCAAAAAGUGACAAGACUGCAAGCUUGAAAGGCUCAUUGUCUAUGUCUAAUGACAGUUCUCGCUCAGCUGAGAUGGAAGAAAUUGGUGAGGAAGCACUUGAGAAAGAUUGCUCUGAGGAGCCCCUCGAGGGCUGUGAGUUGUUAGAGAUUGCUGGAACUAGCAAGAUGGAAGUUGAGAAUGCAAAACUGAAAGCUGAACUAGCUUCUGCAAUAGCCUUGAUAUGUUCCCUUUGCCCAGAAAUUGAAUACGAGUCAAUGGAUGAAAGUACAGUGGGUAGUCUAUUGAAGAAUGCAGAUAAGACAACUGAAGCCUUGCGGCUGAAAGAUGAGUAUGGAAAACAUCUCCAAUCUUUGCUUAAGGCAAAGCAAAUACAGUGUGUGUCAUAUGAGAAGCGCAUUCAAGAACUAGAGCAGAGAUUGGCUGACCAGUAUUUGCAGGGGCAGAAACUUUCAAAUAGUAAAGAUGCAUCAGACUAUGCUCUUUUGGCUGCAAAGACUGAAGACUUCAAACCAGAAAUUUCCAGUGGUGAAGCACCCAUGCCUUAUGCAAUGACCUCAGAGCCCAUGGAUGAGGUUUCUUGCAUUUCUAAUUCUUUGAAUUCAAAGCUGGGGCUUUUCACCAGGCAACCAAGCAAAGGUAGAGAAGGGUUUGAUGAAAAUAUGAUGGACUCGUCUGGGAUGUUCAAUACUCAGUUGGAUUCAUCAAUGGUGGAGCCAAAUCGUGAAGAGCUGCAAGUUUGUGAUAAAGAUGGAAAGGGUAAGAUGGUGGGACAACUGGGCAUGUCACUGACAAACAGUUCCACAGCUGAGAGUAUGCCAGAGCCUCUCGAUAUCUCUCCUUCAGAUGCAGCUGCUGAGCCUAAAGUCAGUGGUGACCAUGGAAUUAUGUUAGAAUUGCAAAAUGCACUUGCAGAAAAUUCAAAACAAUUGAGUAAAACUGAAGAAAGAAAGUGUACAUAGAUAAUAAUUAAAAAAAAAAGAAAAAAGAAAAAAGAAAAAAGAAAAGAAAAGAAAAGAAAAAAAAAAGGACAAGUCCUCGUGUGGGAAUUGAACUUGUUUUUCCUUCCUGUACAGCUGAUGAUCCAAGUUGGUUCCCCCCCCCCCCCCCCGGGCCCUUGUAUAUUAAUCCAUACUCUCUUUAAGCAUGUACAAAAUAAAAAAUAAAAAUUCAGAAUACAAUCAAGUUUGAUCAAGAA